AUGCCACCAACACCACCUUCAACGACCUCCUCCAGCGCAGGGCACUCGCCGCCAGAUCCACAAUUCAGAGUUGUACGCAAGCGGAAUCGCGUUCCUUUGUCAUGUGGAGCAUGCAGGCAUCGAAAGCUGAAAUGCAAUCGAGGCCAUCCCUGCGACAAUUGUACCAAGCGCGGAGAUACGGCAUCAUGUACGUACGCUGCGCCAGGCAACCGCAAAAAGAGUUCAGCGAGCACUGGCUCUGCGACUACACCGGAUGAUAUGCAAAACCGCAUUGACCGACUUGAAGGACUGGUUCUCUCCCUAAUGACCAAUGGUGCACAGAGCGCUGGUCCUGCUGCUGCUCAAGCAGCUAUCGCAAACAGCCUCGCCAACACUAGCCCGGAUCAGCAAUUUGAUACGAGCCCAAUGAUCACUAGCAUGAGCACCGCACCCGAAUCGAUACCCGAGGAGGAUGUGAACGAGGAAAGCGAGAUGGAGAAUGUUACAAAGUCGAUUGGAGUAAUGAAGGUGCACAACAACCACACUAUAUUUGCGUCAGAAGCACAUUGGUAUGCAAUCUUGGGCGAAUUGUCCGAAGUCAAAAAUUACUUUGCCGAGCACAAGAAGCAGUACGAAGAUCAGCUCAAGCGAUACAAGGCGACGCAUGUUGAAGAUCGACCACCGGGUACGUCGUUCUUGAUGGGCGGACAGAAACCUAGCUCGAAAGCUGAGAUCCUAUCGCGCUUCCCGCCGAAGCCCACAGCCGAUCUCCUUGUCUCGCGCUUCUUCAACACUUAUGAUCCCGGCAUUCACAUCAUACACGGCCCAUCAUUUCAGGAGGAAUACGAUAGGCAUUGGGCACAACCAGAGGAAACACCAGUCAUCUGGCUAGGGACUGUGUUCGCGAUGAUGUGCAUUGCGUUGCAGUCGUACACACGGGCUGGCGAUGAGCCUCCGGAAUACCACAACAAAUCUUGGGAGAUGUCAAGAGAAUACGGCGAUCUAACGGCACAAUGUUUGAUCAUGGCGGAUAUCACACAGCCCAUCACGGGUAUGAUGGAGACCCUCCUCUUACACGUCCAUGCCGAGUAUGCUCGUAGUCGAGAUGCAGAGGUGGGUAUUCUGAUAAGUACGGGUAUCGUCGUGCGGUUAGCGAUGCGAAUGGGUUUGCAUCGGGAUCCAGGACCAUACCCCGGCAUACCCGUGUUCCAGGGGGAGAUGCGGAGACGUAUCUGGGCUGCGGUACGCUCAUGCGAUCUGCUGUUUUCAGUCCAGGCUGGGUUACCACCCAUUGUCCGGCCACGAGACACAAAUACUGAGAUACCGCGCAACAUUUACGAUGACGAGCUGCACAAAGACAUGAAGAUACUGCCUCCUUCGAGACCGGAAACAGAAGCUACACCUACCCUCUUCCUGAUCAACAGAACGAGGCUAAUCUACAAGCUGGGAGAAGCCGUAGAGUGCACGGAUACCUUGACGUGCUCCUCGUACGAUGAGGUCAUGAAGCUUGACGCGGAAGCCAGAGAGCUGCACGAUAACAUUUCCCCGCAUCUCAAGAUGCGAGGAAUGGAUGAAGCGGCACGCGACCCUUCUACUCUAAUCAUGCAGCGCUUCACGUUGGAUCUUCUCUUCCUCAAGAUAAUAUGUGUCCUACAUCGAAAGUAUCUGUCUUAUGCGAGGGUGCAAUCGCGUUUUGCUUAUUCCAGGAAAGCAGUCAUUGAAGCCUCCAUGAUGCUUCUCAAGCAUCAGGCGACUCUACACCGGGAAUGCCAGGCCGGCGGUCGGUUGCGGAAUGUUAAAUGGUUCAUCUCGUCGCUCACCACCGUCGAUUUCCUUCUCGCUGCAAUGAUCAUAUCGUCCGAUCUCUACCACACUGCGCGGGAAGCAUCGGCUCGUUCCCCGCCAUCUGCAGACACGCUUGUAUGGAGUUCGGAUCGUCGGGAUGAGAUGCUUGAAGCAAUAGAGAUAGCAGUGGGUAUUUGGGACGGCCUUAAGGACCAUUCUAUGGAAGCAUACAAAGCGCAUACCACACUUGGCGUUAUGUUGGAUCAACUAAAGAAGAAUCGAUCAGCAAGACAAGCGCCGAACGGUUUCCAAGCAGCUUCAUCGGCAUACCCGGCAAUGGCGCCGAUGGAAGAUGCUAACGUUGCACCUGAACACUCGGCAGCAAUGACUCUGGGCUUACUCAGCACGGGCGGCAUGACGCCUAAUGCUAACAUGUUCGAUCAGCGAUACCCAGCAGGGAUGGCGAAUCUACUGAACGACCCUAUGCCUCAACCAUCGACGGGCUUGACACCCCAAUACAAUCAACCAACGAGCGGAUCAGUGGGGCCAGAAAACGCACCAAGUCCGUUUUCAAAUCUCUUCGGGGCAAAUCUCUUCCAGAAUCUUGAUCUUCCGCCGACAGACAACGUCAACUGGGACAUGUGGGACUCGUACAUUCAGGGCCCAGGCAUCGAAUCGACGAACAAUUUCUUCCCUAUGGACCUUGGCAAUAUACCUAUGCAAACCGAGCAAAACGGAAUUCCAGUCACGGGGCAGUCAUCAAAUCAGCAGUCUGCACAAGGAAGUCGGACAAACGUGUUUGGGCAAGAUGUCUACAUGGGCGCUGAUCCGAAGACGAGCUCUGGUGAAGGAUAUGCUCUGGGUUUCAUGCUACCGAAGCAAUCCAACUAA